UAGCAAAGAAAAUGACAAAUUUAGGAAAGAAACACGUUGGAGAAUCAUCGACCUCUCAAAACAAAGCAAACAAGAAAAAGAAGCGCUUUCGACUCACUGUUGAACAAAUUCAACAAGUUAAAGAUUUCUUGAAGAAAUGUCCACAUCCUGAUAAAGACCAACUAAUUCAAAUUAGUGAAGAAGUAGGGCUUAAGCCUAAGAAGAUCAAGAAUUGGAUUUAUAACAACAAGACUCAAGAAAAGACACAGGUUGACAAAUCAGCCAACAAGACUCUUCGAACUGAAAAUGAAAAACUUCGUAGUGAGAAUAUAGCAAUGAAAGAGGCAAUGAAGAAAAUUAUAUGUCCACAAUGUGAUUCUGAAAGAGCAAGCAAUUUGGAAAAUUUGAAAGCGGAAAAUCAAAGGUUGACAGAUAAGAUUCUUUGGUAUUCUAUUCUGUUGGGAGGAGAGAAUUUCUAGACUCACAACUACUCGUGGAGCAGACAAAGGGCAUGGAUGAUCUUACUAAUGUUAUUCUCUGGGAGUUCUGGAAAUACAAUGCAUUUCAUAAUUUGCAGUGAAAUCUUUUUUUUAAUCCUUAUAUACUGGCCUUAAAGUUCUUAAAUUUACUGUCUUAUUAGUUUGUUGAAUGGAUUAACA